AUGCCGCCCAAGAGAGUGGUAGUUACCAUGGAAGAGAAAAAAGCUCGUCUUUUGAAAUUCUUCCAGGACGAGUACUCUUUUUACACUAUGAAGGAGCUAGAGAAAUUAGUCCCAAAAAAGUGUGCCGGGGUGUCGCCAAUGAUAGUGAAAGAUCUCAUUCAGCAGAUGAUUGAUGAAGAUGGACUGAUAACAGUUGAAAAAUGUGGCAAUAUUAAUGUCUACUGGUGUUUCAAAAACCAAAUUUUCCAGAAAAUUUAUGACAAUUGCUUGAGGCUUAGUAAACAAAUCGAUACCACUGUCCAGGAAGUUAGCGAAAUGAAGAAAAAUCUCGAGAAAACAAGAGAUACUGAUAGAUGUAUGUUGUCAUAUGGUUCCGAAGGCUCUGUCGUAUUUGAUAGAGAAGAGCAAAUGAGAAAGAGUGCUGAAAUUGCAGAAAAAUUAAAACCUUUACAGUUGAGAUUCCAGCAGCUUUCUGAAAGCAGAUGGAGCGAUAAGAGUAUCAUAGAAAAGAGAGAGAGUAUCGUUAAACAACUUGAUCAGAUUAACUCCUUUGCAGAUGACAUUGAGAUCAUAAUUGAAUAUUUCAGUGAAAAGUAUCAUAUUGAAUCAAAGUUGAUUAAGAAAGAACUCGAAAUUCCUGAAGAAUUUGAAGAGUUUGAAAUUCAAUUUUGCAAUUUAUAG